CAACAACAUCGCAACCGCAAUAAGGCUCUUGAUUACAACCUACGUGGACCCUACAAUUGCUGCGACGAUCACCAUGACAGCAAAUAUUGGAACAAUGGAUACAGCCAUCACAACUAUUGAGAAUGCUAUGCUGAGCAUUUCUAACGAGCUGACCACAAUGGAAACCUACGUCCAAGUAUCAGCUGUCACUGAUGUCACUGAGGCUGCUGAAUCCUUUGGCAAUGGACUUGUAAAUGCCAGUAUCGACUUUGCUGGUUACCUUGAGCAUAAGUUGCUUACUGAGGUCGGUUACUGCGGCGUGUUCUACGAAAUCUACAACGUGUUUGUCAGGUUCCUGUGUGCAAAAAUAUCUCAGCCUGUGCUGGUCAUGUGGGUAGGCAUGGCUUCGGUGUGCAUCUUUGGGCUUCUCUGUGCCAUCCUUUCCUUCCGCAUCACCAAGUACUUCAAGCGCCCGAUCGACUACAAGGACUACGUCGACACGGCGAUCGGCGGCGGCGGCAAGAACAGAGUCCACCAGAUGGAGGCACCGCGCCCCGUCAUCAUCACCACUCUCGAUAAGAUUCCUACUGAUAAGCCUCAGGCGGUGCACGUCACUGUUGUGGAUCCAUCCAGCAAGCAUCCGAAGAUUUAUCCGAAGAUUCCUAACACAGUCUGAACCAAAAUACAAACCCAGCCUAUCCAUGCCACGGCCGACUUAAGCCAUGAUCGUAAAUUCUCUUCAUAUAUACAGUUUCAUAACAAAAACAAGAAGUAUCCA